UCGUCAUCCUGCCUUUCCGCUUUUCCGAAUCGAAAAUGCGUGCCAAACUGCAUGAAAAGGAAAACUUGGUCAGUUGAGGUCUCAGUUCGGUUCGGGUUUGCAAUUCAAUAGCACUGCGGAAGCGGAGAAAAUUCGUCACCACAGCGGAGACGGGCCAAACAAUAUAAGCCAGCGUAGUAAUAUCGACUUCACCGCCCUCGAUAUAUAUAUAAUAUAUCGUAUAUAUGAUAUUCGUAAGAAAUCGGAAUCGGAAUAAAAGCAAAAAUGCCUGAUGGCCAGCCGAGUGUGUUGGAAAAAUGAUUGAAAAACGCGUGAAAAUUGCAAUGUGCGAAAUUAAGUGUGCACUUGUGUUUUGAAUUUUUAACGUUCCCCCGCAGUGUUUCCAUUUUUUGCACCCUCUGCCAGCGGCAAUUGCACAUAAGUUGCAACAAGCAAAGUAACAACAACGACAGCAAAAAAACGUAACAAAAAAACUAACAACGCCACAACAAUAGCCCAAAGGGCCAAAUGAACGUUGUCGGCUAGUCCGUCUGUCGCCCGCUUGGUGGCGCUAGCUAGCUGAACAGCCCCAAACAACUACAACUACAUCUACCACUACCAUUACUAGUACUACUGGAAAUCCUGUCGCUAAUUAGCUUGCUCGCGUCGUGUGCACUUAUGCAGAGACAAGGCGAUAGAGGAUUACAUUGAACUGGCUGCCAAGUUAAAUUUGUUGUCGUAACAUGGGCUGCGUCUUUGAAGCGGCCAAAGAGCAGCCCCACAACAAACCGAGAAUCAAGCAACUGAGGCGAAACCAAUGCCGUGGAAAAGCAGCAGCGGGGACCAGAGGCAAGGCCGCUGUCAGAGCAAACGACAAGCCAGCUGAGGACAUCAAAAUCAAGGAUAACUAUCAACAAAACCAUAAAACGCAAACCGAAACACAAACAGAGGCAGAAGUAGAAUCAGCGGCAGAAUCAGAAGCAGGAGCCCAAACACAAUCAGAGGCCGAAACAGAGGCAGAAACUGUGCCCGAACAUCUAAAAGCGACGGCUCAAGUGCUUUUAACGAUACGGCAGGCACGUCAGGAGAACAACGGCAAGCACGGUAGUCAAGUGGCUGAAACGCACAAGGACGAAGGCGCGAAGGACGCGUUGGCGACGCAAGGAUCCAUUGUCGAUACGGCGGCCAGAAUCGGAAUCGAUAUUGCGGCGGCAGCCACGACUCAAAUCGCCGAGCGGGAUGAGGACGAGCAGCAUCAGCAGCGGCAGCAUCGCAAUGUCCGCCGGCGGAGGCGCCAGGAUCCAGCGAGUCCUGCGAGCGGCUCCAAAUCACCAGCUGCCAUUGCUGGUAUCUCAGCUUUAUCCCUGCAUUUCCAAGCCCUCGCCGCCCUAGCGAAAACGCUGCAGAAGCAUGACGACGACGAGAGUCCUGCUGUCCACGAUCGCCAGCCAAUAGCUUACCGGCCGUGGCAAGGACAUCCGUAUGCCGAGAGUCAACUGCCCGCCACCAUGUCAGCGGCCAUUAUUGCGAAUGUCAGCGCCACGGCAGCGGCCACCUCGGCGGCAGCCUUCCAAUAUCUUGGCCAGCACUACAAGCACUACAGCCAGUCGAUCAGCUUCUACGCCGCCUCCAGCGUCAUCCUGAUGCUCUGCUAUCUGACCACCGCGUCCACGGCAGCUGCCACGAAUUCGGAGACAGGUGCCCUGGACAAGCAUCCCAUUCAUGGCAUCGAUUGGUCGAAAUUCGAUGAGUCCAGUUCGGAUAAGGAGAUAUUAGAUUUACUGCUUGAGAAGAAGCGCUACGAUAAACGAUUACUGCCGCCUGUAAAUGAUGAAGACUUUUGCUGUGGUUUGCAAUCGCCCGACAUGGCAACUAAUCAAAAUGCACGGAGACCACACAAUCGCGGCACUCUGACGGUGAACGUGAACGUGCUGCUCCUGAGCUUAGCAUCGCCCGAUGAAAGCAGUUUGAAAUACGAGGUGGAAUUUCUGCUUAACCAGCAAUGGAACGAUCCGCGACUGCAAUAUGGCAAUAAGUCUCAUUACGACUUCUUAAAUGCUCUGCAUCACCAUGAUAGCAUCUGGACGCCGGAUACGUAUUUCAUUAUGCAUGGCGAUUUCAAGGAUCCCAUCAUACCAAUGCAUUUCGCUUUAAGAAUAUUUCGGAACGGGACCAUUACGUACGCAAUGAGACGUCAUCUGAUCUUAUCCUGCCAGGGAAGUCUUCAUAUAUUUCCAUUCGAUGAUCCAAAGUGUUCCUUCUCCAUGGAAAGCAUUUCCUACGAGGAGGCCCAAAUCAAAUACGUCUGGAAGAACGAUGAGGACACUCUGCGAAAAAGUCCUUCGCUGACCACGUUAAACGCGUACUUAAUCAAGAAUCAAACAACGGCCUGCGAUCAAAACAGCUGGAGAGGUAAUUACAGUUGCCUACAGGUCGAGUUGACAUUUACCCGUGAUCGUGCGUAUUAUUUUACAACCGUUUUCAUACCUGGCAUUAUAUUGGUCACCUCGUCGUUUAUCACAUUUUGGCUGGAAUGGAAUGCAGUCCCAGCCCGGGUUAUGAUCGGCGUGACAACAAUGCUGAAUUUCUUCACUACCUCGAACGGUUUCCGGAGCACUCUGCCGGUUGUUUCUAAUUUGACGGCGAUGAACGUGUGGGACGGCGUCUGUAUGUGCUUCAUUUACGCCUCCUUGCUGGAAUUCGUCUGCGUCAAUUAUGUGGGGCGAAAGCGCCCCCUGCACAACGUCGUCUACCGGCCCGGCGAGAAUCCCGUAACACAGCGUCUUCCAGCAGUACUAAGCAGGAUCGGAGUAAUUCUUGCAAGUCCUUUGGCAAGCGCCGCUGCCACACCGGCCAUGUCGAUGAUGGGCGGUGCCACGCCCAUGUCCUCCGGCACCCCGGCCGCCUCCUCCUCGGUGGCCACGCCCGGCACCCCGAGGACCACCGAUCCGGAGGAGUUCUUCGGCGGCGGAAUGCGUUGGCAGGAGGCCCACGGCGGAAUCAUUGGAGCUGCUGUCCAGAACUUGCGGGCACGCUCGAUAAAGCGGAAGGCGGCCAGAAGUCCAUCCACUUCCAUAUCGCCGCAUCCCAGUGGACGACCCACUGAGCAUAUAUACGAAGAGCCCGGCGGAAUCGCAUCCGGAGUGACUAGUACCAAGGUCAAGUUCAAGGACGAACUGAAGGAGGAGGAGGAGCCGGACUCCAGCGCCACACUACGCCGAUCGGUGGCCACCAGUACACCAGCCUUGGUGGUCAGGAUCGAGGCUGAGACCGAACUGGAGGCGGAACCGAAACCACAGGCUCAGGCUCAGGAUAUGGAAAUGACCGAACGCCAGUUGUCCUUGCCGCUGAAGCCGCCUCGCCGGAAGGCCUCGCGCUCCAAUUCACCAGCCUCCGUUUAUGGCGAUGCAUUCGAAAGUGUGGAAGCUACACCCGGCGAGAAGCGACGAGACGCCGGAGCCCCGAACGAAAUCGUGGCAUGCACCACCUGCGGGGGCAGCAACAGUCCGUGCACCCAUUCAGCGAAUAAUGGCUGUGCCACGGAGACCUGCUUCGUUCAAGUGCGGAAAAAAGAGCCACCCCAUCCGAUUCGAGUGGCCAAGACGAUCGAUGUCAUCGCAAGAAUUACAUUUCCAACUGCUUAUGCCAUUUUUCUGAUAUUCUUCUUUGUACACUAUAAAGGAUUUUCGUAAAACUAAGCAUAAAACAAUAAAAAUAAUGCAUAAACAUACAUAUAUAGAUACUUGAACACGCUAAAUUGCCGAAGCAAUGCCAGAAAAGCAGACUCGAAUGCCGAGAGAAUGCAUUAUUCGUAAAGUAAUUUGUAGGAAAACAUGCAGACCGACAUGAAAACUCGUUUGCUACGUUCUAGAGCCUUGCAAAGUCAUCUAAUUUUAAUGUAACAAAGGGAAACACAAAGUACAUCUAAUUAUUCAUUAACGAUUAUUUAAAUGGCAACAACAUGACAAAACCAGUGAUAAAAACGUCAAAAUGAAAAAAUUAGUUUAAACUGAGUUGUUAACGGGGAAAAACGAAAUGAAUAAGUUGUUAAUAAUUAAUAUUUACGAAAGUUAAAUUUAUGCAAAUGAGCAAACAUACGAAAGAAACAUUUUCGACUGCCUUUUUUAAAAAUAGUAGAAACAAACCAAAAAAAAAAGAACCUUAAAUUAAAUUUGCAAAUUUUUGCAUAUGCUCGAAAAUGCAUUAGUUAAUUAUACCAACCAAAAAACACUGUCUAGCAAUUGUAAUAUAUAAUAUUUCAACAAUUUAUUAAGCAAAGAAAUUUAUGCUGAAAGUACCAAAAAACACGAUCCAAGAAGAUAAAAAGACCUAGCCUAUAAUUAUAAAAUAUGAAACGCAAACCAAACAGCUUUAAGGCUUAACCUAUUUGAGUAGUCGAAUGAUGCAAACCUGUUUAUACACAUAUACAUAGAUGUUAUAUAUUUACAAACAGCUCUAGUCAAAUAUUAUGAAAUUAAACCCACGUUUUGUUCCAAUCAACUCAAUAAGUUGAAAUGCCUCCGCAUAUGUCAAAGAGUAAACAAACAGAACACACAAAUUGUUAAUCAUCACACAGAUUUUUACGUUAUACAUGAUAUACUGUAUAUAAUAUUAAUUUAAAUGUUUAGUUAAAUUCCGUUUAUUUUUCAAUAAAUGUUCGAUUAAUAAAGCAGAGUUUGAUCUUAUUGCAUCACAUAAAUUCAAAGAAAUGAAACCGCCGCAAAGUAGACCACAGUAAAAGCUUUCCUAAAAAAAAUCCAGGUGAAAUGAAAACACACAAAAUAUUUUGGUUUAAAAAAAAAUAGUUUUCAAAAAAAUGUCGGUCAUUUUCAGAGAUUCAUUUUAUUUAAUCGAUCAACGCCUUUUUAAGUAGCAGCAGGAAUUGCCUAACAACUUUUAUUAAAAUACAUAUCAAAGCUCAUAGAAGAAACAUAAAUGAAAGCUAACUAAAAUAUUUACAAAAAUAUUUGACAAGAAACUUUAUAAAACUCUCAUAAGUAGCUAUAAAGCAUAUGCCAACCCAACUAUAAACUCACAAAACUAACACCCAAGUAUUUUAGAUACAAUGUAUGUCGACGAACGCUCUGCAAAAGAUUGUGGGACAAAUUACAUAUUUAAAACCCCAAUGAAGCACGAACUAAUUCAAACAAACUUAAACCUAAACCAAAUUUAAACCUUGUGAUAAACAACACAAAAGAAGAAACAUAAAUCUAAACGAACCUUUGCAUACGAAAUUUUAUUAAAAUUAAUUGAGAGCAGGUUAUUGAGGGCCACGAUUACCAAUUGUUUAAACAAUAUUACCUUUAUAGAACACAAUAUGCGUAUACACAAAAUGCUUUUUGCAAAUAAAUAAAUUUUUUGAAUUUAGAGAUUUGUAGAUUUUUGGGAAAUUUUCUUUUCGCCAUUUUGCAAGUUCUUCGCAAUUAUUUCUCAUUUAACGAAAAAUAUAUAUAACUAAACAACAACUAAAAAAUAAAAGAAGAUAUGAAAAAACAAAGACAAGGACAAUCUUUUUGCAAUUUACAAAAACGAAAAAGUUAAUUAGAUGAAAGGGAAAUGCUAAGUGAACUUUCAAACAAGCAAAGCCGAAUAAUUUUGAAUCCUUUUGUAUAAUUAGCUGCUUAUAUAGAACACAAAACACACAGAAAAAUUUACUCCAAAUUCAUCGCGUCCAAUGAUAAAUAUUUUUGUUGCGGAGAAAUAGUGAAGGGUAAGAAAUGUGAGUGCAAUUUGCUGAAUAUGUGGCCAAUAUACGGAAUGUACAAAUAAAAUACGAUGAAGAUGGACCCUUAGAAACUAUUUGUUUUUUUAACAGCUUAACCAUAUAACUCUGUUAAAUGUUAGUUAGCAAUCUAUUUGGGUGAUGGUGCCUUCCUUAUGAGAAUUAAAAACUAAUUGAUUGCUUAGAUGGUUUCAAGCGAAACACAGUUUGAGUUGUUAUGGAUGGGAACCCGACCUACAUAUGUGCCCUAUAACGAAUUCAGUUCGGCAUUGUUUUCAACUCCUCACAAGCUAAACUGCUGAUAAAACAAAGUAGAAGCUAAACCAAAGACCAGUAACAUUAUAAAAAUGUAUUUAAAUGAAAUAGAUUUAAAACAAAGCCAUAAAAGUUCACACUUAAAAAAAGCAU